UCUGAAAAACUGCAUAGUCAACAUUUAGUCAAAAGGGUUCAUAAAAUGGGUCCCAUCAAAUUCCUUCUCUGUUUCGGUGCUUAAAACCUUUGCUUCUCAAUUCUUCUCAUAAUUUUACAAACCAAAAAUAUUUUUGAAGUUUUACUAAUAGUAACACCCUUUAUUUUUAAAUAUGUGUGACUCAUCAAUGGCGGAUUCUGCUUCCUUCUCUAGCUUACUGAGAAGCGUAUUGACUAGUACUUCUUCAACUGUAAAUUUUCAGGGGCGAUAUGAGACAUCCCGUCAAGAUAUUAAGCUAAGGACAAAUCCUAGAGCAGAGGCUCAGUUGAAUCAUCAGGCUGAAUGUGCUAACAAUUCUUGCAAUAUGCAAUCUCUUGCUCCAACUGCAACAUCAGUGUCCCAUUCAGCACCUGAACUGUUGUUGAUGCAAACCCCUGACCGUGGUCCCACCGUUCCGGAGACAACUGCGACUGACGGGUAUAGUUGGAGGAAGUACGGCCAGAAGCAGGUGAAGAGCUCUAAAUGUUUAAGAAGCUACUACAAGUGUUCACAUUCCAAUUGCUAUGCAAAGAAGAAGGUUCAACGCUGCGAUCAUUCAGGACAAGUCAUCGACACAAUUUAUAUAGGUCAACACAGUCAUGAUCUAUCACGAAAUAUGUGCAACAUAUCACAAGGACCUGUUUCAGUCGCUGCAAGCAGCCACAUCUUCAGUCCACUUCAGAAUCUAGAAACGCCUAUCUGUUGGGAAGACGCCGUGCAACCAUCAGUGUACAUUCCGGAAUCAGAACAACCGAGUUCAAGCAGUUCUAAUUUCAAUAUUGGGAUUAAGGCCGAGGAGCAGAAUGGCAAUGAAUUAGAGUCGAAAGUAUUAGAUGCCAGCCAGCAGAAAAAGAAUUGCGGGACUGCAAAAACAGAGGCUAACGAGAAGCAUGGUGCUAAACCAAGGCCCCUGAAAAGAAUAAAAGAAAGCAGUGUAUAUCCAGCGCCCGUGUUAAAAGCUAAUAAGGAAAAUAAGAUUAUUCUGCAUGCUGCUGCUGAUGGAAGCAUGUCAAGUGACGGCUUUCGAUGGCGGAAAUAUGGUCAGAAAAUGGUGAAGGGGAAUUCUUUUUUGAGGAGUUAUUACAGAUGCUCAUCAGCAGGAUGCCCUUCACGUAAGCAUGUCGAGACAGCCUCGGAUGAUGCAACAACCAUCACAGUUAAAUAUGAAGGGAAACAUGACCAUGACAUGCCAGUACCUAAGAAACACAAAGGUUCAGAAAGUUUUGCUCCUAUUUCUUCUGCUACUACUGUUAGCAACUCUCAUUGCAACCAAAGGAUUUCGAGUUCAAGCAAGUGGCCGGUGGAGAGGGAAGAAGAAAGGAUGGAUGAAAAGGUGUUGGAGCUUGGCGGUGAGGUGGCGUUGGAAUCGGCUCGAACUCUUCUCAGUAUGGCCAUCCAACUUUGACCUUGUUGACAUACAAUUAGUUCUGCUCAUUUCAUUAUUAUUUUUUUAUUUGAGUUUCAAUCAAAUUUUGACAGUUUUUCUUUCUGAUUCACUUUUAAGAACUCUUGUAAAGUGUUUUUCUGUAUAGCUUAUCAUUUCAAUAUCUUAAGAGCAAAUUUCUCCAA